AUGACAGUAGCAUAUGCGAUUCGUUGCAAGAGUUUCGACAUUGGAAUGCUUUUUAAGACAAAGGUUGUCAUGUGUGGCACCUUACCAACGCUAGCAUCUGGCCCAGGCUGUCACGACACCAUACAGGCUGUCACGACACCAUACAGGCUGUCACGACACCAUACAGGCUGUCACGACACCAGGCAGUCACGACACCAGGCAGUCACGACAACAUACAGGCUGUCACGACACCAUACAGGCUGUCACGACACCAUACAGGCAGUCACGACACCAUACAGGCAGUCACGACACCAUACAGGCAGUCACGACACCAUACAGGCAGUCACGACACCAUACAGGCAGUCACGACACCAUACAGGCUGUCACGACACCAUACAGGCAGUCACGACACCAUACAGGCAGUCACAACACCAUACAGGCAGUCAUACAGGCUGUCACGACACCAUACAGCAGUCACGACACCAUACAGGCUGUCACGACACCAUACAGGCAGUCACGACACCAUACAGGCAGUCACGACACCAUACAGGCAGUCACGACACCAUACAGGCAGUCACGACACCAUACAGGCUGUCACGACACCAUACAGGCUGUCACGACACCAUACAGGCAGUCACGACACCAUACAGGCAGUCACGACACCAUACAGGCAGUCACAACACCAUACAGGCAGUCACGACCCAAUACAGGCAGUCACGACACCAUACAGGCUGUCACGACACCAUACAGGCUGUCACGACACCAUACAGGAAGUCACGACACCAUACAGGCUGUCACGAUACAGACAGUCACGACACCAUACAGGCAGUCACGACACCAUACAGCAGUCACGACACCAUACAGCAGUCACGACACCAUACAGGCAGUCACGACACCAUACAGGCUGUCACGACACCAUACAGGCAGUCACGACACCAUACAGGCAGUCACGACACCAUACAGGCUGUCACGACACCAGGCAGUCACGACACCAGGCAGUCACGACAACAUACAGGCUGUCACGACACCAUACAGGCUGUCACGACACCAUACAGGCAGUCACGACACCAUACAGGCAGUCACGACACCAUACAGCAGUCACGACACCAUACAGCAGUCACGACACCAUACAGGCAGUCACGACACCAUACAGGCUGUCACGACACCAUACAGGCAGUCACGACACCAUACAGGCAGUCACAACACCAUACAGGCAGUCAUACAGGCUGUCACGACACCAUACAGCAGUCACGACACCAUACAGGCUGUCACGACACCAUACAGGCAGUCACGACACCAUACAGGCAGUCACGACACCAUACAGGCAGUCACGACACCAUACAGGCAGUCACGACACCAUACAGGCUGUCACGACACCAUACAGGCUGUCACGACACCAUACAGGCAGUCACGACACCAUACAGGCAGUCACGACACCAUACAGGCAGUCACAACACCAUACAGGCAGUCACGACACAAUACAGGCAGUCACGACACCAUACAGGCUGUCACGACACCAUACAGGCUGUCACGACACCAUACAGGCAGUCACGACACCAUACAGGCUGUCACGAUACAGACAGUCACGACACCUUACAGGCUGUCACGAUACAGACAGUCACGACACCAUACAGCAGUCACGACACCAUACAGGCUGUCACGACACCAUACAGGCAGUCACGACACCAUACAGGUAGUCACAACACCAUACAGGCAGUCACGACAACAUACAGGCAGUCACGACACCAUACAGGCUGUCACGACACCAUACAGGCUGUCACGACACCAGGCAGUCACGACACCAGGCAGUCACGACACCAGGCAGUCACGACACCAGGCAGUCACAACACCAUACAGGCAGUCACGACACCAUAUAACAACACACCAUACCACACCGUGCGACACCACACCAUACAACACCAUACCAUACAACAUGAAACCACACCAUACCACACCACAAGAUACAACACCACACCAAACAACACGACACCAUACAACACCAGACCAUACAACACCACACCAUACAACACCACACCAUACAACACCACACCGUACAACACCAGACCAUACAACACCACACCAUACAACACCACACCAUACAACACCACACCAUACAACACCACACCAUACAACACCACACCAUACAACACCACACCAUACAACACCACACCAUACAACACCACACCAUACAACACCACACCAUACAACACCACACCAUACAACACCACACCAUACAACACCACACCAUACAACACCACACCAUACAACACCACACCAUACAACACCACACCAUACAACACCACACCAUACAACACCACACCAUACAACACCACACCAUACAACACCACACCAUACAACACCACACCAUACAACACCACACCAUACAACACCACACCAUACAACACCACACCAUAA